GUUCAACCAAAAUUCAAGCCAGUUCAACAGUUUCAUUCGAAUCGCAACAUUACGUCUGUUUUCUUUUCGAAUAUCUUAUAAAAGAUAUCAAUUUUUUGUGGAUUACGUAAGGAUAUUGAAUACAAAACGGAUACAAAACCAACCUCAACGAGUAUUAUCUUGUGGAUAAAUAUUUAAAUAAUAUACCAACAACAACAAAACACAAAGAAGAACCUUCACAAUGAGGAUCUUUCAAUUGGCUGUCAUAACAGCCGCACUUUUGACAAUCACCACCGCUAACGAAUUAUCGUGGUCAUGGAGUGGUGCAAAGACUGAAGAAACUAAAGCGCCAAUAACAAGACGAUCAACAGAAGCAACAGACACUAAGGAAUCAGACAAAGAAGAGGCCGUCGAAGGAAGGUAUCUAACACACGAACCCGUCUACAGCAAUGAUACCGAAAUCAAUGACAUCAUUGAACAUAUUCUUACCGGUCGCAGGGAAGGUCGCAACCUCGGUGACUAUGAUAAGGUUUAUGCUGAUGGAAAUGUAGAAAUGGCGCUACAACAAGGUGAUGAUCUUCAAGCCAGGAACUUGAUCAAAGAGAAACUCUGUGUGUUGGGACUUAUGAGCUGCGACCCCGAGGAAAAGCGUCCUUUCUAUUCGACCAUAUAUGCCCAGGGACCUCCACCACCGAAUAGGGUUGGAGGACCAUAUGGCCCACCACGCCCAAUGCCAACUCCAGGUAAUCAUUAUGGACCUCCUCCCGGCACUAAAUUUGGUCCAACACCACCAAACUCAUUCGGACCAUCAAACCCAAACAAUAAAUUCGGACCUCCAAGGAAGGUUGGCUAUGAAGGACCCCUCUCGAAGCCCUUCUAUGGUCGUCCUCCAGGUGUAGGACCAGUUUACAAUGGACCAUUCCUCGAAUCACCACCUCCAUCAGCUAUCGAUUCUUCGGUUUCAUUCUCUAAACCUCCACCCGGUGCUAUUAUCUAUGGUUCAAAGCCUCCAGGUCCAGUUUUUGAAGGUGUUGAUGCCCCCUACAACUUUGAGUCUACAGUUGGUGAAAAAAUUCAAGUAGCUAGCUCACACCAAAACAACUUCUACGCCCAUCAAUCUGGAAGCUCCAACAAGGAUGAAUCACUAGCUUUGUCUGCAUCCACUCUGCAACAACAUGUCCACCAUCAUUAUCACCAUGUCGAAGGAGAAGGUUCAUCAGCAAAGGCUCCUUCUGUGUCGGUCCCUAUUGGUGGAGGAAGCACAAUUAACACUGGAUUUUCUGCCUUAGCUCAGUCAUCGGCAGGUUUUGCUCCUGUCUCUAGUGGUGGAUUCUCAGAAUCUUCCGCUUUUGCUGCUGGUUUCAAUGGUGCUUCGCAAGGAAGUCUUAUUUCUGGCUCAAAUGGCUUCAACGGAAACGGUUUUAGUUCCGAAGGUUUUGGCUCAAAUGGAUUUAACUCAGUUCAAAAACCCAACGCUGGUGAAUUAUAUAAGCCUCCUGGUGGUGGUCUUGGAAGCUUCAGCUCUUCAGGAAAUGGAGGUUUUGGGCAAAACUCAGGAUCAGGAUUUGGAUCAAAUGGACUCUCUGGAAGUUACCACUCUCAAAACCCGGAUUACUUCAAGAAAGAAUUACAUUCCGGUUCGUCUUCUCAAUACGGUGGAAAUAGCUUCAAUGGAGGCUACAAUGACAACAAAUACGCAGCCUCGCAAUUUGGAAGUGGUUAUGAUACAUCAAGACAACAAAAUAUUGACUGCAUAUGUGUGCCAUUUAACCAGUGUCCUGCAGCUGAUAGAAUCGGACGCAAGGAUGACCUUAUUCUGCCUAUCGAUCCUCGUAACAUUGGCAAAGAUAUCGAAGCCUUGAGUGACGAAGCAGCUGCUAAUAUCACAUCAUCCGCUGUUUCUGACAAGGAAGCAUCUAACAAAGAAGACUCCAAGAAGUCAAAACGUGAAGCUCCUGCUGAAGACAAACAAUCCAGUGAUGGCGAUGACAUCGAUACUCAAGCAUCUGAUGCCGAAGGGCGACAGGCUGAUUUUUUCAAUCGACCAUUACCAACGUUUGGGUUAACCCAGCGGAAAGUUCUGCCCACUUUUGGAGUCUCGUUUGGAUUGCCACAACCUGCCGGGGCAUAUCCAAUAAAUUCAAUUGGACCGAAUGGACUUGUUCCAGCACCAAAUCAACAUUUCGGUGCCAUUAGUCCCAACGGUCUAAAUUUGGGCUUGAUCAAUGUGAAUCCAUUGGUAUCGUUGCAAGUUAGCAAGACUGAAUUUGGAGACAAAGUUGUAAAACCUUUGGUUAAUCUUCAUGUUACCCCAAAUGAAAAUAUCAUCCAAAAGGUUGGGGAUCUUUUUAAGCCGAAGCAUCCAAAGAUUCAGCAUAACCAUCAUUAUCAUCAUCAUGACCAUUACGAUGGAGAUGGGCAUAAUCACCAUCAUAGCCCAAUUAUACACCACGAUCAUCCCGAGCACUAUGUCGACCACCAUCCGACAGGACCAAGUGGGCCGUUUUAUCAUAGUGAAGCACCGUCCUACAUAACUGGACCUGGACCACAUCAUAGCAGCCAUCAUCACAGUCACGACCAUGGUCACACUUCGCCAGCUCAUAACUAUUACCCUUCAACCGGACCUUAUGGCUCUUCUGGUCCAUCAUACCCAUCGUCUGGCCCAUCGCACCAUUCACAUCAUUCUUCGGGACCUACUCACUUGACAUCUAGACCGUCUUACCCAUCUUCUGGUCAUUCUUAUCCACCUGCGGGACCUCCUCACUUGACAUCUGGACCAUCUUAUCCAUCUUCUGGUCAUUCUUAUCCACCUUCGGAACCUCCUCACUUGACAUCUGGACCGUCUUACCCAUCUUCUGGUCAUUCUUAUCCACCAUCUGGACCGUCCUAUCCACCCUUAAGUGACGACAUUUAUGGUUCAUAUGACAGAAGCUCGAAUUACAGUCGAUCCAUCAGCAAGCCCAUUACGUUCAACGGAGCUCAAGCUUCAAGUGGUCUUUAUUCUGUUAAUAACCGGUAUGGGAAGCAAUUAAACUACCCCGAUGCCUUGAGACCAAUUCCAACGCAAGCUCCUGGAGCUGCUGAGGGAAGUGCAAAAAUAUCAUUUCCUCGUGAUCGAAGGCGACGUAGCGCCGAUGAAGGUAGAGAGAGUGUGCAAGCAGAAGAGCGCGCUUACUACGGAAACGGACGUCCAGGUGUUCAGCAACAAUGUCGCGGUAAUGAAGUUUGUUGUCGUCGUCCAUUCCGUCCUCCACAACAACAACAAUUAGGACGUUGUGGAACUCGUAAUGCAGCUGGAAUCACCGGUCGUAUCAAGAACCCCGUUUAUGUUGAUGGAGACAGUGAGUUCGGUGAAUACCCAUGGCACGUGGCAAUCUUGAAGAAGGAUCCCAAAGAAUCUGUUUACGUUUGUGGAGGAACUUUGAUUGAUGGUCAACAUAUUAUUACAGCUGCUCAUUGUAUUAAGACUUAUCAAGGCUUUGAUCUGCGAGUACGUAUGGGUGAGUGGGAUGUCAACCAUGAUGUCGAAUUCUUCCCCUACAUUGAGCGUGAUGUAGUCUCUGUCCAUGUUCAUCCUGAAUACUACGCCGGAACCUUAGACAACGAUUUGGCUGUUCUUAAAUUCGACCAACCCAUUGACUUCACCAAGAAUCCCCACAUCAGUCCAGCCUGUCUUCCUGAAAAAUUCUCCGAUUUCACUGGAGCCCGUUGCUGGACUACCGGUUGGGGUAAGGAUGCCUUUGGCGAUCAUGGAAAAUACCAAAACAUUCUCAAGGAAGUCGAUGUACCAAUCCUGGGACAACAACAAUGUCAAAACCAACUGAGACAAACUCGUCUUGGAUACAACUACAAACUGAAUCCAGGUUUCGUGUGCGCUGGUGGAGAAGAAGGCAAAGACGCCUGCAAAGGUGACGGUGGUGGUCCAUUGGUUUGUGAACGUAACGGCUAUUGGAAUGUCGUGGGUGUAGUCUCUUGGGGUAUUGGCUGUGGUGAGGUUAAUGUUCCCGGAGUUUACGUGAGAGUAUCACACUACUUGGAUUGGAUCAGGCAGAUUACGCAAUAUUAUAAAUGAGUUUGCGUGAUUAAUUAUGAUGAAUUCCAUUUUGACUUUCAAUUUUAAAUAACUUAUGUAUAUGUUGUAUUUUCAUGCAUAAGUUUGCGUUCAUUCGUGUCAUUGUUUAUUUUUUUGUUGUAUUAAAUUAUUUAUUUAUGUAUAAACCUACCUAUAUUUUGUAUAAAACAAAUCCAGUUUAAAGAUCUAGUGAGCGGCAUAUACCAUAUUAUAUCAGCCGAUGACUUAGACAUUUUUUUGUUUUUAUAAUUAUAUAUUUAUUUGUGAACUUAGUAAGGAUUAACUUAUAAGGAAACCCUUAAUUUAUUUCACUCAAUAAAAAUUAUUAUUAUUUUAUAAAAAAGAAAAA